AUGUACAACCAGCAGUGGAUUUUGAGUGGUAACCGAUCGUGGAUGAGCGGAUGGUGUGCAGAGUCGGAUUGUCCACCACGUCGAAGUGCUCGCUCUCCGGAACGAGACCGUACUGUCCAUCAUUUCGUGAAUGAUCGUUUAUCUGGAGAAUUCUUUCAUAACCUCACAAGUCUAAGAAGGUGUGAUGAGUUGUGCGAUGUCGUAUUGGAAGCGUACGGUCCAAGCGAUGCUGGAGGUGCGGAAUCGGAAAGUGCGCCACCAACGAUCAUCGCAGCUCAUAAAGUCGUUCUGGCAGCAGCUUGCCCUUAUUUCAGAGCAAUGUUCACCAGUAACAUGGUCGAAUCAAGCAGAGACAGAAUUACUAUAAAGGAUAUUGAUGGCGCGACACUGGCGUUGUUGGUAGAGUACAUGUACAGCGGUCGCCUGGAUAUCGAUGAAUCAAAUGUACAAUGUCUUCUGAGUACAGCAACUAUUCUUCAGCUGGCUUGCGUACGCGAUGCAUGUUCAAGGUUUCUGUUGGAGCAGUUGGAUGCCACUAAUUGUUUGGGUAUUGCGUCUUUUGCACAAACCCACAACUGUACUCAACUAGCCCAUGCUGCGCAGAUGUUCACUCAUCAGCACUUUAGAAUGUUGAUUGAAAGUGAAGAGAUGCUUACUAUGGAUGAAGCUAGCUUCACACAACUUAUUUCUGAUGAUCGUCUCACAACAGAGGGAGAAGAAGCAGUGUUUGAAGCUGUAAUUAACUGGGUGAAAUAUGAUCCUUCACGAAAAUCUUCGUUGCCUAACGUACUUGCAGCAGUUCGCUUACCACUUAUCUCUCAGGAGUUUCUUUUGGAUCGUGCGUACCAGGAGCCAUUGAUACAAGAGUCACCUGCAUGCAUAGCAAUGUUGUGUUCAGUAUAUCACCAUAUUCUAAAGAAGGAAGUUACCCCGGGACUAGCUGCUAGUUGGGUUCGUCCUAGACAACCUGUGCCUCUAUCACAGCUAAUAAUGGUUGUUGGAGGGCAAGCCCCAAAGGCUAUUUCGAGUGUAGACACUUUUGAUCCUGAUUCGCAGCGGUGGACUUCCCUGGCUCCUUUACAACAACGUCGUUGCCGUUGUGGAGUGGUUAUGGCUGGUGAUCUAGUCUAUGCUAUUGGUGGUUUCAAUGGUUCGGCUCGCAUACGAUCUGUCGAGAUUUAUGAUCCUCGAAGAGAUUUAUGGCUUACGGGACCAGCUAUGGAAGCUCGCCGAAGUACAUUAGGAGUCGCUGUACUAGAUGGAUCAAUUGUCGCAGUAGGAGGCUUUGACGGAUCAACUGGAUUAUGUAGUGCAGAGAUGCUGGAUCCAAGACAAGGCCAGUGGAUGGCUUUACCAUCAAUGACGACCCGUCGAUCGAGUGUAGGUGUUGCUGCGAUAAACGGCCUUGUUUAUGCUGUUGGUGGCUAUGACGGACAGUCAAGGCAGUGUCUUAGCUCGGUGGAGCUGUAUGACUCCCGUAUUAAUCGCUGGCGUAUUGCGGAUCCAUUACUAGAAGUGCGAUCAGGUGCAGGUGUUGCCAUCUAUCGUGACCGUGUCAUUGCUGCAGGCGGUCAUGAUGGCCCUUUAGUUCGAGCCUCAGUAGAGAUGCUUGGUGAAGAUGGUUGGAUGCACCUACCAGAAAUGUCCGUUUGCAGGAGAAACGCUGGCAUCGUUGUUGCCAACGGCAUUGUUUUUGCUCUCGGAGGUGAUGAUGGAGCGAGCAAUUUGUCAUCAGUUGAAUGUUUGGAGUUGGAAAGCCCAGAUCAGUUUUGGAGCACAUUACAGACCGAAAUGCCCCAAGCGAGGUCAUAUUGCGGUGUCACGUUGUUGCCAAAAGCAUGA